UUCUGAGAUUACAAUAAAAGUAACACCGAGGGUUUUGUGAAAAUCUGCGAAUAUAACGCGCACGGAGUCUGGAACAAAUAUUCUUCCUAUCCAAAGAUCUUCCAAGUAAUCAUAGACGAAGUCAUCAAAGGGGCGACAACGAGAAGCCGGAGAUUUAUAAUUUGAAGGAGCAAGUGUGAAAUGGACUGCUUUGCUUGCUUCGGCGGAGGAAGCAAGCAGCGGAGACGAGAAGAGGAGCGUUUGGCCGCUGAAGAAGCCCGUGCAAAAGCAGCGGAAGCUGCCCAGAGAAGGCAGGAGCAAUUUGAGCAAUCUGCAGCAGGAAGAGCUGCCAAAGCACAGCUAGCAGCUGCUGCAAAACACAAUGCUAACGCCAACAAAGGCGAACCAGUUCUUAAGUGGCAGGUGGGAUGAGGUUACUCUUGAUUGCUAAACUUUGGUCUCACACUGUAAAUCUAUAGAAAAACUCCUGUUCUGUCCGGCCAUCUAUCUGGAGUAAGCAUCUUUAACUGAUGAUCCUCAGGAUAAAGUGUCUGUAAAGAACUGCAUAAAGCUGAAUCAUUUCUCUUUGUUUUACGUUGUCUGUCGGACGACUAACAGUGUCAUCUUUGUAUAUAGCUAAAUUGUGGAAGGUUCAACUCCGUUGUUGUGAUCUGUGCUCACUUGUCCCAUAACAAGCUUGAAUAAAGAGAUGACUCUCACUUUGUUUAAAGAAAGACGUGAUAUUGUGGAAUAUUCAAUUCGCUCCUAAUAUAAUCUCUCUCAAUUUAUA